AAAGUACGAGAAUUUCUGUGUUUUGUGUAGGAACCUCUCUGCAGCGGAGAAAGGCAGGAGGCUGAUCAAAGCAGCUAGCGAUGGGGCAGUGCAAGAGCUGCAGAUGCUGCUGGCAGCUGGGGCUGAUGUGGGUGCGACGGAUGGGAACAAGAAUACUGCGCUGCACUGGGCAGCCUGGGAGGGUCACGUGGAAGCGGCGAGCUGUCUGGUGGGGGCUGGCGCGGAGGUGGACGCCGGGAACUGGGUCCAGAACACGCCGCUGCACUGGGCUGCAUGGGGCGGCCGGCCGGCCGUGGUGCGGCUGCUGGAGGAGGCCUCUGCAGACCCCAAUGCCAGGAAUGUGGACGGGGACACGCCGCUGCACUUCGCGGCUGAGCAUGGCCGCACGGAGGAGGCGACUGCACUACUCGAUGCAGGGGCUGACAGCGGGGCCAGGAAUCACAAGGGGAAAACCCCAGUGGACCGCGCCAGGCAGUUCAACCACCAACACUGGAUAGACAGGAUAAGACGAGACUAGCAGUACAAUACACACCUCUUUAGUAAAAACAACGCUAGUCUACCAAAAUCACAACUGUAGCGACAAUGUGAGAUUCAUAUAAACUAAUGUGUGUAGCAAGAAGCGAGUUUCCUUCCAUGAAAACUCAACAAUAAUCGAAACGUAUAUCAUUAAUAAUAAACAUUUUUUAACUAAA